AAAUAAAUAUAUAACAUAAACGAACUGAUUUAAAAACGUUCACACAAAUACAUAAACUAAUUUAGCUGAAAAGUAUUAUUUAAUUUAAUUAUAUACAAAAUAAAUAAAAUCUAAAUAAACCGUAAAAAAUGGCUGAUAAAAAGCAAGAACAAUUUUACUCGCCACCACCAAAAAUGGGCAAAUGGGAGGGUUUCAAAAAAUUCCUAUGGAACAGUGAAACUAGCCAAUGCCUUGGCCGAACUGGAGCCAGUUGGGCAAAAAUUUUAUUUUUCUAUAUAAUAUUUUAUGCGGUGUUAACUGGAUUCUUUGCUGCCAUGUUAGCUGUAUUUUAUCAAACAUUAGAAGUCGAUAAACCAAAAUGGACCCUUGAUAAUGGGAUGAUAGGUUCAAAUCCAGGUCUUGGAUUCCGACCAAUGCCACCAGAGGCAAACGUUGAAAGUACCUUGAUUUGGUAUGAAUCUUCAAAGCCUGACAACUAUAAAUAUUGGGUUGAGGAAACCGCACGAUUCUUAAAAUCUUACGAUGAUUUACCCAAAAAGAAUCAUGUGAACUGUUCAUUCGAAAACUUGCCACCAGAGGGCAAAGUCUGCGGUAUUGAAACACAUUCCUUUGCACCAUGUACCGAGGAACAGAAUUUCGGCUACCAUGUUGCUAGACCAUGCAUUUUCUUAAAAUUAAAUAAGAUCUAUAACUGGGUUCCAGAAAUUUAUAAUGAUUCUAAAGGUUUGCCAGCAGAAAUGCCUACUGACCUAAAGCAACACAUCAAGGAAAAGCAAAGCUUGCGACCAAAUGAGACUGGUGUUGUCUGGGUUUCUUGUGAAGGUGAAAAUCCAGCUGAUAUUGAAAAUAUUAAGUCACGUGAUUAUUAUCCACGCAUGGGUUUCCCACAUUUCUACUUCCCAUUCAAAAAUAUUGAAGGAUAUGUACCACCAAUUGUUGCUGUACAAUUUACCGUAGAAACCGGCGUCUUAAUCAAUAUUGAAUGCAAAGCCUGGGCACGUAACAUUCACCACGAUCGUUCCGAAAGGAGAGGAUCCGUCCACUUUGAAUUGAUGGUUGAUUAAGAAAUAUCAUCAGAUAUGGAUUAUCAGAACACAAAUACAACAACAGUUAAUGCAAAACAGUAA